AUGGACAUCCGAGUUUCGAGUAGAAAUGGUUCAAGUAAAUGUGAUGUAGUUUACGGCGGGGUCGGAGGCCCGGGGCUCUGCCCUCCGAGAGGCCCUGACCUCCCGCCUUUGGAGCUCGGCUUCCGCGGCAGUUGGCGGGAAGACGAGCUGCUGCCGUCCACUCCCGCGAGCCAGGCUGCGUCGACGCAGAGCGGCUCCUCAGCCACAGACAAGGGCCAGAAUGUCGAGUGCGUGGUCUGUGGGGACAAGUCCUCCGGCAAACACUACGGCCAGUUCACUUGUGAGGGAUGCAAAUCAUUUUUCAAGAGGUCCGUGAGAAGAAAUCUGACUUACUCUUGCCGGGGAAAUAGGAACUGCCCCAUUGACCAGCACCAUAGAAACCAGUGCCAGUACUGUCGACUCAGAAAAUGUCUCAAAAUGGGCAUGAGGAGAGAAGCUGUACAGAGAGGUCGUGUGCCACCAACGCAGCCUGCAGGGUUAGCUCUCCCCGGGCAGUUCGCCCUGGCGAAUGGCGACCCCGCGGCCGGCCUCAACAGCCAUCCCUACCUCUCCUCCUACAUCUCGCUACUACUUCGCGCAGAACCCUACCCCACCUCACGCUACGGCCAGUGCGUCCAGCCCACCAACGUAAUGGGCAUAGACAACAUAUGCGAACUCGCCGCGCGGCUGCUCUUCUCCGCAGUCGAGUGGGCGAGAAACAUCCCCUUCUUCCCCGACCUUCAAGUCACGGACCAAGUGGCGUUACUCAGACUCGUCUGGUCCGAACUGUUUGUCCUGAACGCGUCGCAGUGCUCCAUGCCUCUCCACGUGGCCCCUUUACUGGCCGCUGCCGGUCUCCACGCCUCACCGAUGGCCGCAGACCGAGUGGUGGCCUUCAUGGACCACAUACGAAUCUUCCAAGAACAAGUGGAGAAGCUGAAAGCGCUGCACGUGGACUCCGCGGAGUAUUCCUGUCUGAAGGCCAUCGUCCUCUUCACGACAGGUAAAAUUUUGGACAGUCUUUUUGGGGAGGCGCGGUUGUUGCUUUACAGGGUGGCCGGCGCGGGUGCCACUGUUACGAAUUAUGGGGAGUUGUUGACGUUGGUGAAAACACAUUUGGAUGUAUACGCUGAAGCGACUCGAGCGCAACAGGCGCCCGCGCCGCCGCCUUCCGCCGCUUCUUCUGGGUAUUACUCCACUUUGGACACGUCACUCGGUAUUAAUUCCUCGUAUGGUUCGUUCCUAUCGACACCGCCCCGGUUGCCUUCCAACUACACUAGUAGUCCACGAAUGCCGGAGGCUAGCACGUCAUCCACUUUUAAACUAUGGGACGCUCACGCGAAGACAUACAAGUCUGAGCAGGGGGGUUGAUGCCAAGUGACGUAUUCUUCGGACUGAAUAAAGGGUGUCGGCUGAUGCUUGAUUUGGGGCAUUCCAACACGUGAAUUUUGAAUCGUUAGCCAAAGACUGCAGUUAGAUCGUUAUUUAUGUUAUGAGUAUAAUAACUCCCGCUCCUCGAGGAACGGUCGAACUCGGACGGCCGAAUGGGGAGUACGCGACUUAUUGUUCUCAAUUUUUUAGGGCCGCGAAUCGGUUGUGAUAUUUAAUAACAAAAUGUAAUAUAUCUUAAUGUAUUAUAUUAUAAUAGGAAUUGUAUAGUAUUAUCGAUUAAUUUAUUCGCAUCUGGUGCGUUAAAAUAUUUAAGUUAUUUAAUUAUUAUGUAAUUAUUAUUUAAAUAAUAGACAGCGUAAUUGAUAUAAAUUAUUUUCUUCGUUUUAUUUUGGAUUUCAAAAGUGUUCCUUUUUCUAUUCAAAAUAGGAUUAAAUGUCCUUUAGUUGUAGGCUAUUAUUAGUGAGACUUUAAUGUAAGUAAUGUUUUAUUCAGAUCCGGAUUCUAAUUAUAUGCACUUUCCUUUUAAUGCGGCAUUUAAUUCAUUCUACACAUCGAAAUACCGUUUUAGACACUCUUAGUUUUACGACAAGGCUUUUAUAAUGUAAUAAAUUUUCAAAUAAUUGAUAAAGUCGAUAGUCCAUAAAAUUUACAAAGGAUAUUAUGCAUUAAUAUUAUACUUCAUUCGUUAAAAGCCGUUUGAAUGAAAGAAAUUUCCUUAAUAGUAUUAAUUAUGUAUCGAUUUAUUAAAUCGUUAAAAUGAUUUUUAUUCCUACUCUACAAACGGAAAAUCGUCAUAAAAAAUAAGUAUGAUUUUAAGGUACCUAAGUAAUCAUCAUUUCAUCAUGGAAAUAGUUUAGUGUCGUCAUGCCCGAGAACUGUUGUUGUUAGUGAAAAUACUUCGUGGAUUUUAUUGCUCUAACAGUAUUAAAUGGUUUUUAUUUUACUGUAAGACACUAAAUUAUUAUUACAGUAUAUGACACUGUAUCGACAUGACAGUAGUGAUCUAAUGUUAUGUUAGAAUUUCUUCGAUGUCGUGGAGUUUCUUUCGCAAUUUAUAAAUCCCUGACCUGGUAAUAGGAAAGAUGAUAGACUAUAAAAGCUUAAACUUUACAUAUUAUAUAAGUAUAGGCGUAAAUUGUACGGGGUUCCAGAAAUGAAAAUAUCUCUUUCUAUAAUAUCAAAUGCAAGUUAAACUUCAUCACUUUUACGUUAGCUUAUUUAUGCCUUACUACAGGCGGUUUACCACUAGAUGGGGUUAUUGGAAUGCUAUUUAUACUAUUAAACGUUUACGCAAACGCGAUUGAGUAACUUGCAAACUCAUACUCGGGAGCGUUCCGAUUCUCGCACGGAAGAACGCGUCACAGACUCGAUAAUCUGACCACGGAGGCGACGGCUUCCGACAAGCCCGCGACAUUUCGCAUCGGCCACUAAGACUGCGAACAUGAGUUAUAAAAAACUAAAUACCUAUAUAUUAUAGUUAUAUUUUUUAAUAAGCAUUUAACUGCUAGAUUUUUAUAUCUAAACAAUUUUUUCUAGAAAAUUUUCAGAUAUUAACCAUUAUGCUACCGUGGCCCUGUGACUUUCGCCCGGAUAGCGUAGGGUGCGGGUUCGAGUCCCGUCAGCUACCUGGUCCGCAUUGAUUUUUUUAGUAAAAUUUUCAAUAGAUUUAUCCAUAGAAUAUGUUGAUAAUUUGCUAAUAAUCAUGUUUUGUUAAAGCGUCAUUCUAUCUCUAUUUGAAUUUCAGUUAGAUUAUGCGAAAGUCUUUUUUUAAUUACAUUAUCAAUAUAUUUAUUUAAUGGUAAAUUUACUUUAGUAGCCAUUCAAUAAGAUGAUGAUGUUUAAGUGAUAUUAGAUAGGUCUUAAAGAAAUCAAAAAUUCACUUAUAAUUUAAUUUAAAGUGCAUCAGUUAAAUUUUAUAAUACUUCAUUAUUGAAAAAUUAAACGUUAUUACGUACUUAAGCUUUAUUCUUUUCUAAAAUCUAAGAUAGUAAACAUAGUUUUUUGUUAAAUAUGAAUGUAGUGAGACAGUAGUUAAAUCAGAUCGCAGUUUAUGAAGCAGGAUGGUAGUUUAAAUGUAGUGGGUAUAAUAUAUUUUAUGGGACGUACAGUGCCGUAGUUUUAGUGGUCCCGAGGCUGUAUGGACGUCUGGCAGUAAACGUGAAUGCGUAAACUUGCCAGACUGAUUGAAACGCGUGUGUCACUUCACUAUGUGACACAUCGCUAUUUAGUCACGGAGGGAACAUUCGAAUUUACUGUUGAUUUUUUUUCUAGCCACCGAGAUUUCAGCAUUGACUGCCUAGGUAAAAUUAACAAUUAAAAAACAAUUGGGCAAUAAUUUUCUACAAUGAAAUCUCACCUUUUACAUGAGUUUACUCAAAAAUUAAUUCUUUAUGCCUAGUGACUUUCUUCUCUUCUAUAGUUUUUGUUUUCAGGCGUAUACUAAAUAAAGAAAACUAAAUUUAUUUUUAAACACCUAUAUGGAUUGUGGUCAUUCUUAUUUUUAAAUUAGAAAAAAUAAAUACAUAUUUCUAAUUCCAUGCUGACAUACUUAAUAUCUAAAAAUGCAUGAAAAGUACAGUUUGAACAUCAUUUUUCAAUUACCUUCCGUCAUUAAGGCGUUUACGAAACGUUAUUAUUAUUUUUUUAAAACUGAAAAGAAUCUAAUCCUCUCUCCACUAGAUCCAUUUUUUUCAGACAAAGCUAGAAUCACUGUACAUAUAUACCACAUAACAGAUACCGUCGUAACUCGCAUACUACAUAAAGCGGCUAACAAAAUAGUGUCACUGGAUACUAAACAGAAUAUAAAAGUAGUUACGGCACAUCCACUACAGACUCGGGCACUGUUUUAACUAGAACUCCCUUGUCUCCCCUCGUCAUAGAUGAGGCUUCAGCGGCCAGGGUAGUUGUGUGGCUAGUCGGGGCUCUUGGUAAAGUGGCCGCGAUCCGCCUGAAGGUACAAUGAAUAUGCAUUGGCAAUAAGCCUCAACUUUCUCUGGGACUGGCUCGCUUAUAAUAGUGUGGAUAAGUUUGCGUGCGCGGAUUAUCAUAGAUUGAUACGGUAACACGUUUAAAAGGGGUAGACGUAACGUGCUGCUGAGACUGUACAAAACUUUGCCUUUGCUUCGAAUAGAACUAAUGCUUCGUGUCCCUGUGUCUCUCGAAACAAAAUAAAAACAAUCUCUCUUUCAUUAUGCGAAUGGCUAGGGAGUGGAACUCCUUGCCGAGGUCUGUUUUCCCGGACCAAUAUAAUCUGGAUAUCUUCCAGGCCAGCAUGAACAGGCGUCAUAGAGGCAGGCGUGUACCAUCCUAGGCCUCAUUAUCGCUUUCCAUCAGGCAAGAUUGUGGUCAAACGCCUUGCCUUAUAAGCAUUAAAAAAAAAGUGCCACACUGCGGAUCAUGGCCUUCGCAGACAAGGGACUUUGUCUGCGUUAGAGUAAAAUGUCCCUGAAUUGUGAAAAUAAUUUCCGCUGAGGACCUUAACGGACUUAACGCACACGAUAUGCGAACAUUUGUCCCCGAAAAUUUAGGAAAGCUUACUUUUAUUCCCUCGUGUUAAUUGCUCCUUGCAAUUGAAAGCGGUCUACUUUGACAGACCAAAAAGUCCGCGGAUAAAAGCCCCUCGUCUGCGCAGGCUAUUAGACGUUGAUUUAUCGAUAUACAAUUUUUAGUUUUUUAAAUUUUUUUUUGAUGUGUAUUAUCAUAGCGGGUGUGAUAGCUCAACGACAAAUACUUGUAAGCUUGAGCAACGAGCUUUUAAUACGGACCGUAAUUUGUUUAACAUUUUUGCGAGCACUCUGUUACAGCAGGUCAAAGGUCAGGUUUCAUUACAAUAAUCAUAAAAUAUUUUUCAUUCUAAAAAAAUUAUAUUAUUUUUCACGUCCCACAGGCUUACCACGCUGUCACAAUUUUAAAUUCAGCUAAAUGUGGAAAAAUAUAAUUUAUUAAAUAAAUAAUUUGUAUGAAUUUUCCAAACUUAAAUUAAAUAAAUUGGUUAUGGACUAAAGUAGGGCCUUUGAUUCGAGGUUUUAUGAGCCAAUAGGCUGGAUAAAAGCGUCCCUCAUCUUCUUAGCCGAUUCUACUUAUCCUUAGCAGUUUCCUAUCAGUCUUUCAUCUAGUUUAGAAUCUGUUGAUGUCUCCCGCGACUUCGAGUCAAUUCACAUUUAUUUUGUUCAUCGUUGAAGAAUCAUACUUUAUAUGAUUCUUCAACGAUGGAGGUACCAUUAAUUAGUGAAAUAAAAACGCGAGCGGAAACCAUUUAUUUCUAAUUAAGUAAUAAAAUUUAGUUAUCAGAAUUUUAUUCAAAACAAUAUUUCUAGUAUCAUUAAUAUGACUAAACUUUAUUUAAAUUAGUAUUAGGUAAUUAUAUUUAAUUCAUAAAAUAAAGCUAAACAUUUUUUUGAAUUUACUCAAGAUUCGAAAGUAUUUAAAUACUGAUUGAUUACCGGUCAAUUUGCUUUCCAAAUUAUUUAUUGAAUACGCUUCAUUAUAA